AUGGAGAUUAUUGAGGAACCACUCAAGGAAUCAGGAAUUUCAAUUGAUCUACAAGAAAGAUAUGGACGUUGGAAGAAAAAUACAAAACUACUAUACGAUUAUUUAAACACGAACACUUCAAAAUGGCCUUCCCUGACGUGCCAAUUUUUCCCUGACUUGGAUACUACCACUGAUACACAUCGUAUUUUAUUGUCAUCAUUUACCUCAUCACAAUUACCUGAAGAUGAAGCGAUAUAUAUUUCAACAAUAUCGACUUCAAAACACUUAAAUUGGGCUUCAUUGAAUAAUUUUGAUAUCGAUACCAUGGAAUUCAAGCCCGAUAAUUCGACCAAAUUCCCUUCUAAACAUUUGACUACAGAUAUCACUAUAAAGUUUCCAAACGGUGAUUGUAACAGUGCGACGUUUCUGCCUCAGAAUCCUGAUUUGAUUGCUGGUGCAUCAUCAGACGGUUCCAUAUAUAUAUUCAACAGAACAAAGCAUGGUAGUCGUAAACUUAGACAAGUACAGGAUUCUCAACUACUAUAUGAAGCACGUUUCAAUUCAAGAGGUAACUUGGUGGAUGACAUUUCUGAACCCAAUGAGGUUCUCUCCAUCGAUUGGAAUAAGCAGAAAGAAGGAGAACUUCUGUCGUCUUAUUCUAAUGGCGAUAUAAAAAUAUGGGAUAUGAAAACAUAUACAAUGAAAAACGCUGAUAUUUCUAAUACAGUUCUAAGUUUUAAUUUUGAUGCUAUGGGUACCAACUGCGUGAGCUGGAUGCCUUCCCAUGAAUCUCUUUUUGCUGCCGCAGGUGAAAGUAAUAUAAUGUCAAUAUUGGAUACUAGAAAGAAAGACCUCGAAAUAAAUAAAAUCAAUAUGAAACACCAUUCUCAAGGGAUAAACUCUUGUAGAUUUAACAUAUUUAACAGUAUGUUAUUAGCAAGUGCAGAUGGGAACGGACGUGUCAAUAUCUGGGAUAUAAGACAACUGGAUCAGGAACCAGUUUCAACAUUUGAACAUGGCUCCUCUAUUUCAGCGAUAGAAUGGAAUCCGAACCUUGAAACAAUACUAGCUACUGCAGGACAGGAGGAUGGCCUGGUUAAAAUAUGGGAUACAUCGAACAGUGAACCUAUAUUUGUCCAUGGAGGUCAUAUGCUUGGUGUCAAUGACGUAGCUUGGAAUGCCCACGAUCCAUGGUUAAUGUGCAGCGUUGCAAAUGACAAUACAACUCACAUAUGGAAACCUGCUCGUAGUAUAGUAGACGAUGCUUAA